AUGGGUUUUCUUUCACCACCCAUCCAAUACAUGCCGGAAGUCACACAAACAUCGGACAGUGCAAAGAUGCUUCCAUAUGCAUGCGCGCACACGAACGCUGGCAAACAGCAACCCGCGGCGACAGCAUCCCGUCCCCAUCCCAACAACCUCCGCGGCGCGGCAGAACUUUCCAUGGACUCUUGGUGCAGUCUGUGUUGCGGUGAGAAAGAAGGCGAGACCAAAUACAUCCCCGCGGACGACACCUGCUGCAUCGUGAACAACUUUGCGUGCGUCCUCGGACGUGACCAAGUCUCCGCCCAGCAGACGGGUGUGCAUUGGGUGUACGAUGCGCGGGCAACUUUCGGAUCAUUUGCUACGUCGGGAUAUUCGGCCAGUCGAGCGCGGUGGACUAUGUUCGGUUGUAACCGGGUUCAACGCAAGAUUGCAAUAGAGGCCAGUGGUGGCGAAACGGCGCCUGGUGCAGCUCCACGGGGAAUGUAUCGUGGACUUGGGUACAAGACACAUGUCAGAGGUUAUGGGGGAGUUGGUUCCAGUUCGGAGGAAUCCAAAGACCGCAAAAGACCGCGUGUGAGAAAGACGAGCACUGGUUCGAAGGGACGGCGGAACAGGAGACUCUGAUCCCCGGAGACCAAUGUCGGUCGAGAACGAGAGUGCAGGAUGUCAAGAGCGGGAAGCCUUUGCUUCGAAGGAGAAUGCAUCGAGAAGAGAGACCAAUGCAGCAAAGGAAAGAGCACGCGAACGAACAAGAUAUCCAAAGUGGAAACCUUUUUUCUAAUUCAGUUUUCAAAGAAAGACACAAGAAAAAGACCAGUUCGCAACACAUUCAAUGUGGGGGGUAUAAGAAGAAAAGCACGCACAACUAAAUCUGAUCUAAAGCAGAGAGAUAGGGGGUAUCGUUGAGGUCUCAAAAUCGC